AUGUUGUCUUUUUAAGGAUUUAAAUAAGAUAAACCUUUGUAAUGAUUUGUGCUACAUUACUUUAGGAAUGAAUAAAUUGAAGAAUUGAUGGAUCACUUGGAUUAUGAACAUGAUAGUGAAGAUGAAGGGAUAGAAGAUUAUUCCAUAGGAGGUUAUUUAUUAUUAGUAUCAUUAAUAUAGGAUAUCAUCCAGUUCAUAUUAAAGGAGUAUUACUAAAUAGAUAUGUUGUUAUGUAAAAGGGAUGGUUUUUUUACUGUAUGGUUGGUUUAAGAUUUUCAACAUACUUUUGUGGCUUUAAAAUUUAAAAGAGUGCAUCUCAAUAUUUGGAAGCUGCAUAUGAUGAAGUAAUUGUUAUUUUAGGUAGAAAUUCUAUAAAAAAUUACUUAGAACUGUAUAUAAGUCAGUUUGGAUUCAAUCACUUAAAGAAUAUUAUGCAGAUGUUUAGAUUAUCAUAUGUUUAUUAAAAAUAAGGAAGAACUUCAUUCAACAGAGAUGAUACUCACAAAGUUUAUUUAUUGAAUUUUUUUUUAUAUAAAAGACCUUAUGGACAUCAUUGUUGUAUGGUAUUUGAGAUAUUGGGAGUAAAUCUAUUAUAGAUAUUAAAGAUAUGAAUUUAAAGGAGUAAAAUAAUAUAAUAUAAUGAUUAGUGUUUUAUGGAUAUUGUUAGAAGUGUUGCUAAGUAGAUUUUGAUAGGAUUAGAUUAUUUACAUAGAAUUUUGGAAGUUAUCCAUACAUACUUGAAACCUGAGAAUGUUUUAAUAUGUUUGUCUGAUGAGGAGAUAAAAGAUAUAGUAGAAAAUGGAUAAAUGUCAUCAAAUUAAUUAUUCUCAGAUAGAAUCAUAUCUAUAGAUAAAUGCUAGGAAUAGUAGAAGAAAUAACAGUUGUUGAUGAUAAUAAUACAGUUUAAAAAUAAGAGGAAGACAAUUUAAAUACUUAGUCUACAAAUUUAACAAAAACUCAAAAGAGAAAACUAUUAAGAAAAAAAAAUAAUAAUAAGAAUAAUUAAAUGAAUUUAUUAAUUAAUAUACUGAAUAUAUAGAACCUGAAAGGCCUAAAUCAAUAAAAGAAUUGUUUUAACAAAAAAAAGUAUUGGUUUAAUCUAAUUUUAGGAUUUCAUUGGCAUAACAAUAGAAAUUGCUAGAAAAUUUUCAUUAAAAGAUAGCAGAUCUUGGUAAUGCUUGUUGGAUACAUCAUCAUUUCUCAAAUUUGAUUUAGACAAGACAGUAUCGAUCUCCUGAAGUUCUGUUGGGAAUCAAAUAAAAUUCCAUUGCAGAUAUUUGGAGUUUAGCUUGCAUGAUAUUUGAAAUAUUAACUGGAGAAUUUUUAUUUGAACCUAGAUAAAGCUCAAACUUUUCAAAAAAUGAAGUCCAUUUGACCUAAAUUUAAGAGAUUUUAGGCAAGUUCCCCUUAGAACAUUAUACUAGAGGUUUUAAAGCUAAAGUAUUUGUAUAUUAAGUAUUGUUUCAGAAGUACUUUACAAGUAACGGUCAGAUAAAAAGGUUUCCAUAACUAAAUUAUUGGAGUUUAUUCAAUAUACCACAGUUAAUGGUAGAUUAAUUACUAAAUUUGUAUAUGAUUGAAUUUAGUGCUAUAUAAUUUAUGGAACAAAGCUAUUGUUUAAGUUUUCUUCUAUAAAAAUUUAAUUAAUUCAAAUUUAUUUAUAACUUAUUCUGUAACAGAUUAUUAUCCAUUCAAAUUAGAAGAAGCAUAAUCAUUUGCAUCAUUUAUGAUCAUAUAAAUAUUUGAAUUAUCAAAUGUACCCGAAUAUAGAAUUACAGCUUAAGAAGUGUUAAAGAGAGAAUUAUGUUCUAAUAAUUUGGAUGAUUCACAUAGACUUGCUUUAUUGAAGAAAUAUAUAGAUUCAAUAUUUGCAUUUUAAAAUUUCAGAAAUAUCAUUCCAAUUUCUGGAUUGUUAAAGGCCAAAACUGAUUAAUAAAUUAGAUAUAAAAUGAAUGAAGAGGAAUUUAAGAUGUAUAUUAAACUAAAGAGAGAAAAUGAAGAAAAGGAGCAAUCAGAUUAGAAUAUUGAAGGAAUUUAAUUAUCUUUAUUAUUAAAAAAUAGAAUAGUAUGA